UGUGAUAUGCAAAUCACAUCCAUGAAGAAUAAUACAGAGGUGAAAGGAUUUGUCCUGCUGGGACUAACCAAUAACACGGAGCUGCAAGCUCUCUUUCUAAUGUUCACCCUCAUCUACCUUGUCACUCUGAUUGGGAACCUGGGGGUGAUUGUGCUGAUCCUGUUUGACUCUCGUCUCCACAUUCCCAUGUACUUCUUUCUCAGUAACCUGUCCCUGGUAGACUUUUGUUACUCCUCAACAAUCACUCCUAAGGUCAUGGCUGGAUUACUUAUAGGAGACAAGGUCAUCUCCUACAAUGCGUGUGCCGCCCAGAUGUUCUUUUUUGUUCUCUUUGCGACUGUGGAAAGUUACCUCUUAGCUUCAAUGGCCUAUGACCACUACGCAGCAGUGUGCAAACCCCUGCAUUACACCACCACCAUGACAACGUGUGUGUGUGCUCGUCUGGCCAUAGGCUCCUAUGUCUUUGCUUUUCUGACUGCUGCUAUUGACAUUGGAGACACAUUCUAUCUCUCUUUCUGUAUGUCCAAUGUAGUCCAUCACUUUUUCUGUGAUAUUCCAGCAGUCAUGACCCUGACUUGCUCAGAUAAAGACACUAAUGAGCUGAUUCUUGUUCUUAUUUCAAGCUUUAAUAUAUUUUUUGCAGUUCUAGUCAUCUUGAUUUCCUACAUGUUCAUAUUUAUUACCGUUUUGAAGAUACAGUCAGGUGAGGGAUACCAAAAGGCUUUAUCUACCUGUGCCUCUCAUCUUGUUGCAGUUUCCAUAUUUUAUGGGACAGUCAUCAUCAUAGAUGUACAGCCAAGUUCAAGUCAUUCCAUGGAUACAGACAAAAUCGCAUCUGUGUUCUAUACUAUGGUCAUCCCCAUGCUGAACCCUGUGGUCAACAGCUUGAGGAACAAAGCGGUCAAUGCUAUCAAGAAGGUUGUUGAGAGGGCAAAAUAUUCUCUAGGUUUAGUCUUUUAG